AUAUCGUGUUUACUUCCGGCAGCUCAGAAACAGCAACAUGGGAAAGAAACAACAUCAGAAAGAUAAACUCUAUCUGACUACAACAGAAUGGAGGACAACAUUUGGUGGUUUCAAGGGAGACAAGUCAUCAGGAGAAAAAUCACGAUUCAGACGACUUCCUUUCUCCUGCUGCAGCCUGUCCAUGCAGCCAUUUGAAAAUCCACUAUGUACUAAAGAAGGAGUUAUAUUUGAUUUGAUGAAUAUUGUUCCCUUCCUGAAAAAGUAUGGUGUAAGUCCUGUCACUGGCGAGAAAAUUUCUGCUAAACAGCUGAUCAAACUAAAUUUCGGCAAAAAUUCUGAAGGAAAGUAUCAUUGCCCAGUGACAUUUAAGAUCUUUAAUGAAAACACACACAUAUCUGCUAUAAGGACUAGUGGCAAUGUAUUUGCUCAUGAGGCGAUUGAAAGGCUUAACAUCAAACCCAAGUUCUUCAGAGAUUUACUGACAGAUGAAGAGUUUACAAGAUCUGACAUCAUCACGAUACAGGACCCCACAGAUCUGGACAAAUUCAACAUCAGCUCAUUUUACCAUCUCAAACAUAACCUCAAGGUCGGAGAUGAAGACGACGAAUUGGCCAAGAAGAAUCCUCGUUACCAUCUAAAAGCCCUUAACGCUGAGACUGCAGAGGCUUUGGAUGAACUUGAUAGACAGUAUAAACCCAUGGAAAAGGCCGCAGAGGAGAAACCUAUAGCUGACUCAUUAAAUGCUGCUCACUACUCUACAGGAAUGGUUGCAGCAUCCUUCACCUCCACCGCCAUGGCACCAGCUACCUCACACGAAGCAGCCAUCAUUGAUGAAGACCUGCUGCGAUAUGAAAGAGUAAAAAAGAAAGGCUAUCUCAAGAUCCUGACCAGUUUGGGAGAGCUGAACAUUGAACUUUUCUGUAACCAAGUACCAAAGACAUGUCACAACUUCCUGAAGCUCUGUGCUAGUGGCUACUACACUGGCACAGUUUUCCAUCGGUCCAUUCGCAACUUUAUCAUACAAGGAGGAGACCCAGAGGGUACUGGAAUGGGUGGACAAUCUAUAUGGGGGAAGCCAUUUGCAGACGAGCUGAAACCCAACUUGAAACAUACUGGCCGUGGAGUGCUGAGUAUGGCUAACAGUGGUCCAGAUACUAACAAAUCACAAUUUUUCUUCACGUACAGAUCAGCCAAUCAUUUAGAUGGAAAACAUACUGUUUUUGGCAAGGUAGUCGGUGGACUAGAUACAUUAGAUAAGAUGGAAAAAGUGGAAACAGACAAAAAAGAUCGACCAAAGGAAGAAAUAAAGAUAGAGGAAUGUGUCAUUUAUGUCAACCCAUAUGAUGAAGCAGACGAAAUGCUUCAGCAAGAACGUGAUAGCGCAAAGCAAAAGGAUAUUGAUGAGAAGGAGGCACAGAGGAAGAAGGAUCUCCGCCGUAAACCAGUCGGUAGUGAUCAACCUCGAGCCUUCAAAUCUGGGAUUGGUAAAUACAUCAAUCCGAGUACAUUAAAAAGGCCAACAGACUCGCCUGAACCUGCAGGUAGCGUGAAGAAAAGUAAAGUGACAGGGGUGCAGUUUGGAAAUUUCAGCUCCUGGUGAAAUACUCUACUCAUAUUGAAAACCUGAACUACAAACGAAAUUUACCCACCCCUUGGGGAAAACCUGGCCAUUUUCUACAAGUGUAUGUCAUCAGAUCUCUGUACUAAAAGUGUCAGCGUAGAGAACAUAUAUUUGGUUUAAUAAAAAGGAUGCCAUGCUUUAAGCUCUGACAUCCAGCAAAUAUGGAAACCAUAACAAGAUAAAUUUCCAGAAUGUUUUGUUAGUGAACAGUCCUAAAGUAUGUCGAAGGUCGUUCUAUUUGGGACGUGGAUUCUUCCGUUUAUCACGUGCGUGUUCUAUCUGGAUAAUUUUAAACUAACGGUGUAGAUGUCAGGUUCAUACUUGUCACAAAGAUCAUGGGGAAUGGCAUCUAUCCUUCAAACAUAUAAUUUAAUGUGAUCGAAAGAUGUUAAAUUUCUGGUAGCUAUAGGGAUAUGCUUCUCAGAGAUGUGUGUGUGUGAGAGAGAGGAUAUGGGAGAGAUGGAGGAGGUAUA